AUGUGGGGGAGCACAUCUGAAGAGAAAUUGCCCGCAAUUGAAGAGUCCGACCAGCGGACAAGGGUUAGGCAUUUUGCUAACCAAUGUCGAGAUAAAAAGACCAGUACGGCGAAGAAACCAUCAGCUUCGGGAUUAGAGAGACCUAAAGCUGUUGGUAGAGUUUUUGCCAUGACCACCAUGGAGGCUACACAAUCAAGUAACCUUAUUCUUGAGCCUUGUUUAUUAUUGGGUCAAUCAGUGUUGGUGUUGUUUGACCCUAGAGCAACACAUUCAUUCAUCUCUAAUACAUGUGUGGGGAGAUUGAGUCUGGAGAAAUGUGACUUGGGGUGUGAGUUACUUGUUUCAACUCCUUCCUUGAGUCAGGUGGCUACCAGUUCAGUCUAUGUUGGGUGUUUAAUUGAAGUGGCAAAUCGCAGAUUCAAAGUGAACCUGGUGUGCUUGGCUCUAGAGGAACUGGACGUGAUAUUGGAAAUGGACUGGCUGUCUAACAACCACAUCAUAAUUGAUUGUGGAUAG